UUAUUUUAUGAUGGCUGACAGACAUCAAGUGUGACAUCCACUUUUGACUUAGGUUUAAACUACCGAUUGUGGAUCCUUUUUGACAAUAAAAAUUCUGCCUACAUUCAUGAAAGCCUCAUCCGGAGAGUCAAGUCUUGUCAAAUGUCACAUCUUAAUUAGACAUAAACUCCGGAAAAGCUGGAAUGAGUUCCACGUGGCCGCAGAAAGAAGUCUUUAUGGCGGCUGCUUCUUUUCUGUACUCAUGUUUCAUUCGUUCAAGGGUAGCCAGGCCCAGGAUGGCAUGGGCCUUCUCAGGUUUCAUUUAAAACAGAGUUCAUUGAACACCGAAACAAAACAGAGAUUGUCUCCCACUCAUCGGUUGUGAUUUUUUUUUUUUUUUUAAAUAUGAAAGAGCCUCAAGGGAGGAGGGCUACAUCAGCAGGUGGGCCGGGUUGUGAAUUUUCAGUUUGCGAGGCACAUUGCGGCAGGCUUGCAGGUCGCGAUGGUUCUCCUCACCACAAAAAGUAUGCAAAGGACGGCAGUCUUUGUCACCUUCGGGGGACUGGUGACCUCCUUCAUCACCACCUUCCUUCCGCUGUGGAAGACAAUGAAUUCGGACUUGAACGAAGUAGAAAACUGGUACUCGGGACUGUGGCACAUGUGCCUCUAUACGGAGGAGGUCGGAGUGCAGUGUAAGGCCUACGACUCCUUGCUGGGACUUCCUGUUGACCUGCAGAUCUCCAGGGUGCUCAUGUUGGUGUCGGUAUGCACCGGCGGAUUGGCUUUGCUGGUUGCCCUGCCAGGACUGGACGGGGUGCGUGUGUGUUUGGACAAGUAUGCAAAGAGGAGAAGCUUCCUGAUCCUGGGUGGGGUGCUGGCCUGUGUGGCGGGGAUCACCACGCUGGCUCCGGUGUCCUUCGUGGCAUACACCACAGUUGUGGAGUUUUGGGAUAAAGGUUUUCCCGAUGUGAUGCCACGCUGGGAGUACGGAGAGGCCAUGUUCUCUGGAUGGUUUGGAGGAUUGGCGUUGCUCACCGGAGGGACUUUGUUCUUCAUAGCUGUGUGCAUGGCCGACUAUGAGCUGCGGAAAACAAGUGUGACCAACAGUCCACAUGUAAAGCGCAGGACACGACACUACCGCAAGACUGAGGUUUUGUAAAAUUGUGUAUACAUUUUGGAGUUGACUAAUGCUAGCUGGCUAUGUGUCGAUCAUUUUUUUUAGAUCUGUGAUUCUAUUGUGACAAAAGUAAAGUCUCGUCUUUGUUGUUGAAAGUCAGAUAAUCAUUACAAAGCAAUGGAUU